CUAGUGAUAAAUAUUUAAGUACUAAUAGAACAUGUCAAUCAAAUAACGAAUUAAAUGGAACAUGUUUACAAUUAUUAGCAGAUGGAAGUGGAUGUGGAAUAUGUAAUAAAGGAUAUUAUAGAAAUGGGAAAGGAUGUUCAGAAUGUGGAGAAAAAUGUGCAACAUGCAAUCAAAAAGAUAAAUGUACAACAUGUGCAGAUGGAUAUUUCAUGAGUUGGAUAGGAGAAUGUAAAUCAAUAGACGAAGUUAAAGGAUGUAAAGGAGAAAUAGAUAAAGAAUAUGGAUGUAGAGAAUGUUCAGAAGGAUAUUAUUUAAUAAAUAAAGAAUGUUCAAAAUGUAAAGAGAAUUGUACAAGAUGUUCAAUAAAGAAUGAAUGUAAUAGUUGUGAAAAUGAAUAUGUAUUAACAAAUAAAGAAUGUAUUUACUAUUUAGAUAUUAAUAAAUGUAAAGAAGUAAAGAAUAAUAAAUGUUGGAAAUGUUCAUUUUGGUAUGGAACGAAUGAAGAAGGAAAUGAAUGUAAUAAAGAAGUAGUAUGGUGGAUGAUAAUGAUAAUUGUCAUUAUUAUAAUUAUUAUCAUUAUUAUAACAAUUGUAAUGAUAAUAAUGAUGGUUAAUUACAUAAUGAAGAGAAGAGAAAAGAAAGAACGAGAGAAAACAACAACAAUAUUCAAAAUAACACAAUCAAAUAUCAAAUUCAUACCACUUGGAGAUGGAAUAUUAACAAGUAAGAAAGAAAUUGAACUUCAAGAAGGAGAAGAAAUUAAAGUGAAUGAAGAAAUACGAGAAUUAAUUUGUAUUGGAAAUGAUAAAAAAGAAAAGAUGAAGAUACAAAUAAGUAGUAAAGAAGAAAAUGAGAAAUAUUCAAUUAGAACAAACCCAAAUGUCAUUACAAUUGAAGGAGGAUAUGCAUGUGAAUUUGAAUUAUUCAUUACAAUCAAAUGUACAACUAAAAUCAAAGAUAAAAUAAUGAUAAUUAGUAAAACACUUAAUAAAGCACAAGAAGAAACAAUCAAAAGUAUUUCUAUUGAAGGAGAAACAGAAAUAUCAACACGACUUGAUCCUGAUGAAAUAAAAGAAGAAAAGAAAAUAGGAGAAGGAUCAUUUGGAGUUGUUUAUGUUGGAGAAUUUAGAGGAAAUAAAGUAGCAAUUAAGAAAAUGAAACAAGUUGAAGAAAAUGAAGAUAAAAAGAAAGAAUUUGAGAAAGAAGUAGCAAUGUUAGAUAAAUUUCGAAAUGAAUAUAUUAUUCAAUUUUAUGGAGCAGUAUUUAUUCCUAAUAAAAUAUGUAUGGUAACAGAAUAUGCAAAAUAUGGAUCAAUACAAGAUAUAAUGAAUAAAAGAAAAAUUACAGAAAUAUCAAAGAAAAUAAGAAUCAAAUUUAUGAUAGAUGGAGCAAAAGGAAUUUCAUAUCUUCAUUCAAAUGGAAUAUUACAUCGAGAUAUUAAACCAGAUAAUUUUCUUGUUGUAUUACUUGAUGAUAAUAUUGAAGUUAAUUGUAAAUUAACUGAUUUUGGAAGUGCAAGAAACAUCAAUAUGAUGAUGACAAAUAUGACAUUCACAAAAGGAAUAGGUUCACCUAUUUACAUGGCACCCGAAGUAUUAAAUCAUCAACAUUACAAAAUGCCAUCAGAUAUAUAUUCAUUUUCAAUAACAAUGUUACAAAUCAUUACAUGGCAAGAUCCAUUUCCUAAAUCAGAAUUUAAAUUUCCAUGGAAAAUAGCAGAAUUUAUAUCAACAGGUAAACGACCAAACAUAAUACAAGAAGUAGAAGAAGAUAUAAAAGAAAUUAUUGAAAAGUCAUGGCAACAAGAACCAAAAGAAAGAAUAACGAUAGAUGAAAUUGUAAGAAUGUUAGAUGGAAUUGAAAAUAAAGAAUGA